GUGUGGGUGAGCCCGUGUGUGCCCCCUCCGGUGCGGAUCCCAGGCGCCCGCUCCCUCGCUUUUUCGAUGCUCGGUGCGCCCCUCGCCGCUGCCGCCCUCUCGCUGCUACUUGCCCCUAGGAGCCGCCGUGUAAGUCGGGGAAGGAGAGAAUGACCGAGGUGCGGUGGCCGGCUGUCCCCAAUGGGACGGACGCUACCUUCCUGGCUGGUCAGGGUUUGCCCUGGGGGAACAGCACUGCAGCCUCCACCGCUGCUGUCGCAGCAGCCUCGUUCGCAUGCUCGCUGACCAAGACGGGCUUCCAGUUCUACUACCUGCCGGCUGUCUACAUCUUGGUGUUCAUUAUCGGCUUCUUGGGCAACAGCGUGGCGAUCUGGAUGUUCGUCUUCCACAUGAAGCCGUGGAGCGGCAUCUCCGUGUACAUGUUCAACUUGGCCCUGGCCGACUUCUUGUACGUGCUGACUCUGCCCGCGCUCAUCUUCUACUACUUCAAUAAGACGGACUGGAUCUUUGGGGAUGCCAUGUGCAAGCUGCAGAGGUUCAUCUUCCAUGUGAACCUCUAUGGCAGCAUCCUGUUCCUAACCUGCAUCAGCGCGCACCGGUACAGUGGCGUGGUGUACCCGCUCAAGUCUCUGGGCCGGCUCAAGAAGAAGAACGCAGUCUAUAUCAGCGUGCUGGUGUGGCUCAUCGUGGUGGUGGGCAUCUCCCCCAUCCUCUUCUACUCAGGCACCCAGGUCCGGAAAAACAAAACCAUCACCUGCUACGACACCACCUCCGACGAGUACCUGCGGAGUUAUUUCAUCUACAGCAUGUGCACAACCGUGGCCAUGUUCUGUGUCCCCUUGGUAUUGAUUCUGGGCUGUUACGGAUUAAUUGUGAGGGCUUUGAUCUACAACGAUCUGGACAACUCUCCUCUGAGGAGGAAAUCCAUUUACCUGGUGAUUAUUGUACUGACUGUCUUUGCUGUCUCUUACAUCCCUUUCCAUGUGAUGAAAACAAUGAAUUUGAGGGCCCGGCUGGAUUUUCAGACCCCAGAAAUGUGUGCUUUCAAUGACAGGGUUUAUGCCACUUAUCAGGUGACAAGAGGUCUAGCAAGUCUCAACAGUUGUGUGGACCCCAUUCUCUAUUUCUUGGCAGGAGAUACUUUCAGGAGGAGACUCUCCAGAGCCACUAGGAAAGCUUCCAGAAGAAGUGAGGCAAAUUUGCAGUCCAAGAGUGAAGACAUGACCCUCAAUAUUUUAUCUGAAUUCAAGCAGAAUGGAGAUACAAGCUUGUGAGGAUGCAAGAAUCACCGAACACUCACUUUUGUAACAUGGUCUCAGGAUGCCUGCCUGGUUUACCAUACAUGUUACAUACAUUGUGUUUCAGCUCCCAGAGAACUUUCUUUUGGACUGUGGAUGCAGUGAAGUGGACAGUGCCCAGAAAUGCCCUUUUACUUCUUGGCAUGUUUUUUUCCAGUGUUUCUUCUUCAUACAUCAUGUCGUGGACAAUUACAACGUGUGAAUACAUGCCAAAUAGUAACAAGAAUGAUCUUGCCCAACCCCUUCUAGGCACAAAGAGGUCUCCAGGAAAAGUUUGUGCUAAUGGUAAAAACACACAGAGAGUCAAGAUGAAGCAGUGAUCUAUUGGCUGGAAAUCUGAUGACAUGUGAUGAUGUAAGUAGGUAUUUUAAUAGUAAAGGCAGAAAUCUGUUGGCAUUUUGAUGAAAAAAACUGCUAAAAAUUAUAGAAUUUAUCAGUUAACUAAAUUUCACACUACAAAAUGAUUCUCAUGCCAAGUUUAAGGUAUUUUUGGCUCACCAAUUGGUGUCUUUGACUCUUUAAACAUCACUAUGCAUUUGCAUGGAAAUGAUAUAAACACAAACCAAGAAGAGAUACAGCAGAGGUUAGGAUUCAGCAUUAAAAACACGACCUUGCCACUUGGCCAACUGUGGAACUCUGACUCUUUCAACACCAUUCUCCAUGUAUUAAAAAGGUUAGAUGACCUCCAUCUGUUGGGACCUCAGGGGAUGUGGUAGAACAUUAAAACUACAGACAGCCAGAGGUGCAUGAAAUCUGCUACUGUACUUUCCAGGACUCUUCCAUUGCAGUCCUGGGCUAGAAAUUCUCACAAAGUUCACCAAUUAUGAUUUGGAUCUAUGACCUAUAAGUUUUCUCAAUCUACUCGGACAGUACAGUAAACUGCUUUUGGAUACAAGAGAUGUCUGUGCUUACAGCGGCUGGAAUUGGAAUAGGGAAAAUGAAGAUAUGUAUGUAGUUAGGGAUCUCCUGAAGCUUUAACUUAGCUGGUCAUUUUAUAACUAACAUAAUCGUAUUUAUUGACGAAGCUCACAAUUCUUCAGUUAUACAGAUUAAAAGGCUUUCUUGAAAGAUCAAAUAUGCUGAUGUAAAUUAUAUUUAUUACAAUGUAUAAUAUGUCACACUAGUGUAUUUUAUGUAAUGUGAUGCGUAGAUAAAAUGAGUUAUUGUAUAUUUUGCUUUUCAAAUACCAGUAUCUUGAAAUGUUUGAAGAUUUUUUUGAUCUAAAAUAUGAAUGUUUUGUGAUACAAGUGGUUAAUUUUCUCUAGAAGUGCUUUUGCAUGUUUACCUUUUUACUUAGGGUUCUCUAUAUAGACACACUGUGGUGUCAAACUAUCAUAAGCUCAAUAGUAAAUACAAAAUAUCUUUGCCAGACUAGGUCUGUGUUGUCUAUAUUUUAUAUGACAUAGAAAAGUUUAUAUUGUCUUUUUAAGACCUUUAGAAUUGUGCCCCCAAAUAUGGUUGAAACUUCCAAUUCCAAUGCGAAAGGUUGUCCUAAAUUCCAAUUAGAUCCCUUACAUUUUAGAAGUCUGGAGGGAUGGGCAUUAUAGAUAGAUUAAAAUUUGAGGAAAAACAAAGGGGGAUGGGGGAGAGAGAAAAGAGGCAGCUGAUAAAAUCCCUUACUGUCCUCAGUUCUGCUUACAUUUUUGUGUUGUGUUUCUUCUUAAGGUGAAAGAAUACAAUCUUGAGUUCUUUGAGAUGUAGUUUCUAAGUAACACGCUACCAGCAAGUUCAACACUGCUAUUUUAAUGUUCUUGUUGUUUAGUUGGUAACUUUAACUUCAAGUUUUAUAGUGAUAACUGUAAAUGAUUUGGCUGCUGAACUCUGUUACAAUUUUUAUUAUGUCAUACAUUGUAUUAUACACAUCAUUACAAAUUAAUAUGAAGGGGAAUAUAUGUUACAUAUCAAAAUUUGUGACUUUGACUUCUAGUAUGUUUAGUGUUUUUGCAAAAAUGUUUAUUUUUGUAUUAUCUGUGAUUUUAAUAUAGUUGAACUAGAUUUCUUUGUGAUUAACAGUUUCAUUGAAUGAGCAGUAUGGAAACAGUGUUACUUGACAUUUUGAGCCUUCUCAGGUUUAUCUAAAUCAUCGGUAGCUUAACAAAUUCCAGACUUAUUGUAUAUAAUUGUUUUUAAUAAAAGGAAUGUGUAUUUCCUCUAAGUUUGCAUGCAGGAGUGUAUAAUAUCGUGUGUUUGUAUGUGUGUGUGUCUAAGGCAUGUGGCCAAUUUACUAUUUAUAAUAGGAGAGCUUUGAUAUGAUCAUGAUCAUCAGAAUUGUACCUACUAUAGACAAUUAAAACUGAAAAAGUCUCAAUAAAACUAUGA